AUGAGUCGAAGAUACAUGACCGUCAUGAUUACUCCAAGUCCCUUCUACAACUACUCUUCCACUAUAAUCAAUCCUCCUCCCCCUCCAGAUGACACAUCCGAUCCUGCUACAGUGAUAGAGGAUUUGGGGAAGACUAUUAUCUUACCUCCUUCCGCUUGUGUCAAUAUCUUGGAUGAGCACACAGAGAUUCCUCCUCUCGACAUAGACGUCGAUAGAACACUUGAUUACACACCGAAAUUGUCCAAACUUAUUACACUCAAGCUUCCAAAGAAUCGAGAGGCCCUGAAGAAUUUAAAUCAAACUCAGAAGGGCCUUCGAGAUAUUCCGUCUGACAUAGUGGAAGUACCAUCAUGUUUUAGAAAAGCUUCCACAUCUGGUGACGUUGUGCUUACAUCCAAGGACUCCUAUAUUGCGUGGUUUCUCGAGGACCCUGAUCCUAAUCCGCCUGCACGUCAGCAAAGACCAUUACCAUCACAAUUGACGGCAUUCGAGUUUUCCGGUAUUUACACUAUUGGCGAAUGUAUGAAGGGUUGCUCCGGACCACCGCCUGGGACUGGAUGUCCAAUUUGCGAACCGGUUGAUUUCAAGAACAUCGCGCAAGUGCACGGUAUAACUAUUAAAUAA